AUGGUCUCCUUUUUCUACCAUGACGGCCUAGAUACGUCCGAAAACUUUACUGAGGAACAUCACUCGGGGAAAUUCGUCACCGAGGAGAAGUUGGCUGAGCUUGGCGUCGUGUACAAGUAUAUAGACAACUUGGAGGAUUUGGAAAUUCUUGCUCAGGAGAGGGAUUACAAGAAUAGAGACGUAGUGAAUUUGAAUCUUGGGUCCUUUGGUGGUGAUGAAACGGCCUACAACAACAAAAUGCGCCAGUUCUACACGGAACAUUACCACGAAGACGAAGAGAUUCGGUACGUGCAAGAAGGCGAAGGUUAUUUCGACGUUCGUGACAAGGAAGACAAAUGGAUUCGUGCCAAACUUGAGAAGAACGACUUGCUUAUUUUGCCUGCCGGGAUAUACCACCGCUUUACACUUCUGAGCAAGCUCAAGAAUGUCACAGCCAUGAGAUUGUUUAAAGACGAGCCUAAAUGGGAGGCAAUCAACAGGGUGGAACAAAGAGAAACAAAAGCUCGUUCGGAAUAUGCACAGUCAAUUUCUGGCAACUAA